CUGCCAGUUGAUUUGUUAAGCCAGUGAGCGUUUAAACCAGUAUAAUGGUAUUGGGUUUAGAAGAUGUCUACUCUUAAAAUUUCACUUCUAUUGUUGGUGGCAUAUUCAAUAGCACUCAUGCAUGCACGUCCUAAUGAUAAGCUCUCUGCGCGACUCUCACUCCUCUACUUGGACCCGGAGAAUGACGAACGCUUUAACGAUAUCGAACGUUUCAACGGCAACGAAGUCCAGUUUUCCGCAAGAAAAGAUCUCUUGAAUAAAGAAGCAUUCUUACGCAUUAUGCAUGUGUCCACCAACAAACCUGAUGAAAGUGAGACACACACGCAAAGUGUCGAUAUAGAGGAGGGUCUAACGCGUUCGAUGGUUUCUUCAAUAUUCAGAUUUAUGGGCAAUGCAAUGGGACGCUUAAUCGCUAAUUGUUAUAAAUAAAUAUGCUUCCAGUAAAAAUGUCUUUUUGUUUGUACAUUUUUUUUGGUUACAUGCAUAGAUAAAUGUCAUAA